AUGCCCAGCAGCUGUUGCUCUAGAAGAUGCCCUUCCCUGCCAGCCGUCUCUCUCUGCUCCACCGAAGUGAGCUGUGGGGGACCUGUGUGCUUGCCCAGUUCCUGCCGGAGCCAGACGUGGCAACUGGUAACUUGUGAAGACAGCUGCGGGUCCACUAGCUGCGGCUCACAAUGCUGCCACCCGUCCUGCUCUGAGGGCAGCUGCUGCCAACCCGUGUGUUUCGAAGCUACCAUCUGUGAGCCAACCUGCUCCGUCAGCAGCUGUGCCCAGCCUCUGUGCUUCGAGGCCGACAUCUGUGAGCCGUCCAGUUCGGUGAGCAGCUGUGCCCAGCCCGUGUGCUGUGACACCACUCCCUGCCAGCCAGUGGUGCUGUGUGUGCCCACUUCCUGCCAGCCGGUCCUCUGCGAGCCCAGCUGCUGCCCAGCAGUCUGCACAGUGCCUGCUUCCUGCCAGCCCAUGCUCUGUGAGUCUGUGUGCUGCCAGCCGGUGUGCCCCACACCCAGCUGCUGUCCCUGCGCCUGCUCUGCCAGCAGCAGCUGCCAGCCCGCCUGCUGCGACUCCAGCCCCUGCUCUCCGCCUUGCUCAGGAACCAGCUCCUGCCAGCCGGCGGGCUGUGUGGCCCUCGUCUGCCAGCCCGUCUGCCAACCCGUCUGUGUUCGCCCGGUCUGCUGCACCCCAAGCUCUUCCGAGGCCCCGUGUGCCCCGGAUUGUGAAGAGUCCUCAUGUGGCGUCUCCAGCACCAGCCAGCCCUUCUGCUCGGAGCCCAGCCCCUGCCUCCCCUGCGUCUGUGUGCCCAGCCCGUGCCAACCCUCCUAUGUAGUCACGCGCUGUCGCUCUGUCUGCUGCGAGCCUGUCUCCAGCCCACCCAGCUCGGGCCAGCCUCUGUGCGGACGUCCAGGCUCCUCGGCUUCUGCCAUCUGCCAGCCAACCUGCCAUCACCGGACCUUCUACAUCCCCAGUUCCUGCAACCCACCCUGCAGCACUGCCGCCUACCGCCCCGUCUGCCGCCCCCUCUGCGAGGCGCCCGUCACCUACAGGCAGCCCUACCUGACCUCCAUCUCCUACCGACCGGCCUGCUACCGACCGGCCUGCUACCGACCGGCCUGCUAUGGAGCCUGCUACUCCAUGCUGCGCCGCCCGGCCUACUUGGCCUCCUAUUCUUACCGCCCCAUCUUCCCCCGCCAGCCAUGUGCUGAGUCCGACUCCGACAAACGCGAUGGCAAGAAUUCCCCCUCCAGCCGGCCCGAUUGCCCUGAUGCCGCUCCAGGCAAGCCCAAGGUCUCUGAGGUGAGUCCAGGCCAGCCCUCGGAGGCCAAGCCAGCCAGCCCAGUUCCUCGAGAGACAGCGGCAGCCCAGCCUGCUGCCAGCAAGCCUGCCAAUCGCUGA